AUGACUAUAUAUGGUGAGAAGGGUGAUUGUGCGGAAAGAAAUUAUGGGGAUUAUACUGUAUCUUUACAUAAUAUGUGUAGCAAUAGAUCAGGCAUUGUCGCCCAAUAUCGUAGUCGAUUCGCCUGCACCAGUACUGUCGUUAUUGACCGCUAGAGCGUGCUCGCAACGUUCUUCGCUUUGUUCGCGCCAUAUCAUCUGGAUCUGGCCUGCACAUUGCGACGCAUAUUUAGUCGUUCUUGGAAAGCAGUAUCAUUUAUCUGUAUGUACAUCACGCGGGCGCUUUCAGUAUUCGCAGGGAAUGGGGACGUGACUGCGGCCCGAGAGCCGUUCCGUCGUUCCUUUAUAUACAUCUAUUUCGGCAGAGGACGAAGGCGGCGAGAGGAGCGGCGGCUGCGGCGACUAUAGCGUAUAGCAAGUUCCCGGAACAACGCUGCGCGUGCCGAGCUUGCGCCCCGAGCACGCGCUGCGCAUCUUUAUUUUUCUCUGAAUUUGCGGCCAAGCUGUGAGCGUCUCCGCGUUUCGGCGUCGGUGGGCGCUACAGGACCUCCCCGCACAGACGGGAAAGUCAAAAUGGCGAGCCAGUGAAACCACGUUUUAAAAGUGUCCGUGGCCAGUCCAACUUGUCAACGUGAAGGGCAUCGUGUCACUGCCGCAGAGCUCAGGCAGGCGGCGCAGUGUUAACGGGUGAAGGACGCGAUGAACGGACGCGAGGGAUCAACGCGCCAACUUGACGCGAUGAUGGCCGCCAAAUUUGUCCCGAGGACGAAGAAACGGCGAAGCCCACGAGGCCACUGGUACGUCGACGAUGCCCCAGCGACCGUUGCCGUUGGCGUAUCACGGACCGCACCGUUGCGCGGAGUGUAAGGUGCGCGCACGAGCAAUCGAGUCGAAGCGCUGGACGAGCCAAGACACGUGCAUUGCAGGUGGACGCUGUGCACCCUUUCGGGAGGCGAACGCGAUCCGGCGCAGCUGGCGUUGGGAUGCCUCGCGAGUGAGCCACGGGCUGGCAGGACAAGGCAGGGUCAAAGCCAGCGAGAGUGUCCGGUGGUUCAGUGGUGGUGGUGACCGACGCGGGAUGCAGUGCAGCUGGCACUGCGACGUCGGAAAAGCUGGGAGCGGGACGUGGCCGUAAGGCGCACAGCGACGUGGCGCAAACGUCCGCGGAGGCAGCACAGGUGAAGACCCGGAUAGAGUGGUUAGCUGGAGUGACCUGUGCCAACAGCGUCGAGGACUGCACUGACCGCAGGAGAUAUGGUCCAGUCAAUCUCGGGCGUCGCAGAAGGUCGUGGUCUGUGUGGCGACAGCCGGCAAUAAGGUCGGAGGCAGCGGAGUCGGCGCGGUGCAGAGCUUGCACGUCGGAUCGGAUGUCGUCACAGCGGACGGCGUGGACGGAUCGGGUAGAGGUUCUGCCGGGGGCCCAGUGGUAGAAGCUAUGUCGUUGAAGACAGACCCGAUGGCGUGCGGCAUAGGGGCCAGCGUUCGGAGGGCGGUUUCACCACUGCCACGUGCCGUCGUAGGUGGCGAUAGAGGCGAUGUGACCGGGGAUCGCACGGUAACGCAUCUGUCGGCCGACGAGUCUUCAUCGUGACAAGCCGAGGAAAGAACGCCAACCUGCUGACGAUGGCCCACGGGCACAGGAAGAGAACGGCCUGAUGCCCGCCGUGGGGGCGAUGGCAGAAGUGAAUCGCGUACCGUGCGGUCAACCUCUGGAAGAGCGCGGUACGCAGCGCCGUAUAAGUGCAAGAUGGACUGCCGUAGCUCGUCGUAUAGGGGCGCGGGCCAGGCGAUGGAACGCUGAGGCGGAGCUGGAGGUCAAGCGGCAUGACGUCCAGGAGCACCGGGAAUUUGAACUCUUGGAUCCAGAUGUUCUGCUCCAGAGCCGCCUCAAACUGCGCUAACCAUGCGCCGACGUAGCUAGACCGGAACGGCGGUAGAGGUAAGCAGAACUGUGGCUCGAGGCCAGUUAGCCAUGGCAGCCUGUCGCUUGAUGAAAGGCGCGUUCUAUACCAGGUCACCACUGUAGGAGGACGUGACAGCGGCCCAAUAGCCGUGCCGUCGUUCCUACAUUUGUUUCAGCAGAAGGGUGAAGGCGGCGAGAGGGAACAACACUGCGCGUGCCGAGCUUGCACCUCGAGCACGCGCCGCUCAUCUUUAUUUUUCUCUUCUUUUGCAGCCGGCACCAAGGCGCCGGCUGCUUUCCUUAGCCAGUAAGUUGUCCAGCUCGCCUGCAGCAGACACGAAUUGUUGGGAAAAAAAAAAAUGCAACCGCUUGUGGCAAAGUGCUGCAGCAUUUCACACGUCCUUGGCUGCUGCUCGUUUGGUCAUACAUUUCGAGAGCAGCAGAUUUAUUCGAAAUAUGUUGGCAAUUAAUAUGAGUCAUUCGUAAGCGUUUGAAGGCUUCAAGGCCCGCGUUUACGAUGUGCACAUCAGGAUCUUGGUUCUCAGAGGUCGAUGCCGAUGGCGUUCACUUGAAACAGUCAACAACAAUCGCGGCUUCAUUACUGAUGCCACAGUGUCGGUAUUUAGCCGAUCUCAUGAAUAUGGUUCACGCUGAUUACGGGCUGCCACUGCGGAGAUGCACCCGGUUUUAUUUAAGCGUGUGCAGACAAUGACGUUGUUUAUACUCGUCAAAGUAAACGAACAAGUGGUUAAAGGCCGCCAGAACUGACUGCGCCAGACGCUCGGUGUGUAUAGCUCCCUUUGAAAGGCAGCUGCUCUGAGUAGCACCGAAGAAGACACGCGCGGGAAGAGUUCCUUGUUUCGCCGAGUUUUCUUCGAGGUCCGCGGCGUGCGGGGGCGGCUUGCGCGAUCGUAUUGUGGGCUGCAGGCACGCGCGGCUCGAGUCGGGGCGGUUGCCGCUGCCUCCGCUAUCGAGGGCGACCUGUUUACGCGCCUGACUCGCUACUUCCUGCGGGCCUCGGUGCCGGCUGAACGCAGACAGCGCGCGGUAGCUCUGAUUGCCCGCGCUCUUCGAAGGAGGGGGAGAAAGGAAGUGAUUUCACCCCUUUUGUAAUGCCAUAUCCUUCUGGGGCAGGGACCGCGCGCGUGCCGCGCUGUAUAGAGCGAACUGUGGUGCCCUGUCAUUUCCCUCUCCCCGUAUAACACACUUGUUCAAGGACGUCGCGGCGCUCUUUUCGGUCGCAAGCAGUGUACCUGCGGUAUACGAGGUGGUGUCGCAUAUGCUCGAACGAUCACUUACAGGGAUACCUUCCCGCUCGCGCGAUGUUACGGCGCACCUGAAAACAGCCGCGGCCAAGCCAGGCACCCGCCCAGCCGAGCGUGGACGAGAACGCGGCGGUGCGCAAGUUCAAGUGCCCCGAGCUGUCAUGCGGCAAGGCGUUCAAGUUCAAGCACCAUCUCAAGGAGCACAUUCGCAUCCACAGCGGCGAGAAGCCGUUCGAGUGUCAGCACUGCUUGAAGCGGUUCUCGCACUCGGGCUCGUACUCGUCGCACAUGACGAGCAAGAAGUGCCUCAUCGUCAACCUCAAGGUGCGCAAGAUGGACACCAAGGCGGCGCGGCAACGUGCUGCUAGCGGUGCCACUGGCGGCGCCCAGAGCAACACCUACCGGCCCAUCAUUCCAAAGUUCGGCGCCGGCGGCGAAGUGUCCGUGUCUCCCCUGGCGAACGCCUACCUCCAAGACCGCUUCCCGUUCCCUGGGGACUACACUGCCCGCUCGCCAUCCUCUGCGAGCCAACCGGGUGUGCCACCACCGUUCCUGCCAUACGCGUCUCCGCUCAGCCUUCAGCACCUGCUGGCCAGCCAGUUCUCGGCGAUUCCGCCCCAAUACCACCUGCCCGCUCUGCCGCCCUCGUUCACCGAAAUGGCGCAAAUGCUGCAGGCCAGCAGCGCCGCCAUGGAGAAGGCCUCGACGCCCGCCAACAACGGCGACGUCAAGCUUGCGCCGCAUGCUGACGCCGUCAAGAAGUUCAUCGAAUUUAUGGACGCCGCGGCUGCCAAACGCAGCAACGGGUCUUCACCACCGCCGCCGCCCAAGAAGAACGGUCUCCUCCCCGGCCUACUGGGCGCCGGCCCUCUUCCUCUCCAGGCCAGCCGCGACGAUCCCCCGUCGAGGCACGAGUACUCGUGCGUCCACUGCAAGGCUGCCACAUUUGACAAUCCGCUGGCACUGUGCCACCACGAACAAUACUCUUGCUCCGCUAGCCGCGACGUGAACCGGAACCUUUACUCCGAUCUCAAAGGCGCUCCUCAUCCCCUUCUGUCGCUGGCGGCUAGGGUCGAGUCGGGUCGUGAAUCGACCGGUGGUAGCGACAUGACCGACGACGACGACAGUGGCGAGGAUGGUAGCGGCAGGCGACCCCGACCGGACACUAUAUCGGCACGAGGAGAGAUGCUUCUGCAGGCCGCCUUCGUGAUUAACCCUUCGCCGAAUCGCGACCAGCUUUCCAGCCUCGCGCGCGAGAUUGACUCGAGCACGAGGACCGUGCGUGCCUGGUUUCAGAGCGCGGUGGCCCGGUCGUCUUCGGCGCCGUCUCGCCAGCUGUCGUCGCCGCCAUUUUGUUCGUCUCCCGCGUCCAAGCCCGGAGACAUCGCCGGCUCCCUGUUACCGGUUGCAUACACGUCUCUCGGCGUAGCGCUUAAUGGCGGUGCGUCAUUACCGGACGGGCAGCCAUCGGAUCCAGCCCUGGCGGAAUCCGAACAGCCGUUGGACCUAUCGGUCAAGUCAUUUGGCGGCGGCUCCGGUUCGAAUACCCCUUGGAGUAACGGCGCUCUGAGCAGUGGACACACUGAACCGGAAAGCGACUGCGAAGUUCUGAACCUGAGCCAGAGGUCUCCGCGGACAUCUACGCCCAGGGAGAGCGACGCGGUGUUCUUUAACGGUGACAUCUCGCAACGGCGUAGGUCGUCGCCGUCGUCGCUUCGCGGUCCCCUGGGGCCCUACACGGCGUCCGAAGAUUUCAAAGCUGCCAUGCUUCACCCGUCAGGCCCGCUUCUGUCCUCCUCCGCGAACCGGAUUCUCGCCCUGUCGGCUCUCAAGGGCCUCGAUUUCGAAAUGCAGGCCGACUUGCAGCGGUUCCGCGACUUCUCCUUGCGGGAGAGGCAUCCCGGCUACCCAUCGGCACCACAGGAACCCAGUUCCGUCAUGGGGCUCCUGCUGGCCUCUCCGCACGCGGCGCUCUCGCCGCCUGCGAGCGCAGACCUGAUGCGCUCGUCGACGUCAUCGGACAGCCGCGAGGCUACCAACAGCCCUCCCUCACACGGCGCAUCCGGCAUCAGGGAUAGCAAGAUGCUGUCGUCGCCCAUGUACUACGCCGACGGGGAUGACCACGGCAGCAGAGAACCCGGCAGCCCCAAGUGCUACCGGAAGAAGAACUUCAGACAGGGCGAUGCGGAGUGCUUGGCGGACGAUGACUACCCUUCGAAUGACGAAGACCCACGCCACCCGGGCUCCAAGAAGCGCAAGCCUUCGGCCAAGGGCGACAGCGCCUCGGAGGAAGGCAUGUUCUCCUGCGACCAGUGUGACAAGAUGUUCAGCAAGCAGAGCUCGCUUGCCAGGCACAAAUAUGAACACUCAGGCCAGCGACCACACAAGUGCGACGUCUGCGAGAAGGCCUUCAAACACAAGCACCACUUGACGGAACACAAGCGGCUGCACAGCGGCGAGAAGCCUUUCCAGUGCCAGAAGUGCCUCAAGCGCUUUUCCCACUCGGGCUCCUACAGCCAGCACAUGAACCAUCGCUUCAGCUACUGCAAGCCCUACCGAGAGAACGGCAAGUAGGGCAAGCGCCGCAUCCACCCUUCGCCCUCCAGCGGAGGACUGCCCCGCCUGUCCGGCGCGACCCUCCGAACCCGUGGGGAGAGCGCCGGUCUGCGCGGGACAACAGAGCCAGCUGCUUGACCCUGAGAAGCCACGCGCCUUUCCCACUGCACUUUGAUUCAGUGCAGUGGCGGACGGCAUAUUCAAAACCCGCCGUGGGCGCAAGCAGCCGGCCUGACAGGCAGUCCACACUCCGGCGAAAAGAUAAAAUAAAUCGGCGCACUUGUCAACGCAUUCCAAGGAGCGGGUGAGCUGGGCUCAGCGAGAGUGCGGAAAAGGGCAGCCGCUGCUCCGUCGACAGAGUUCUUCGUGGGUUCAAGGUUUCGCGUCAGCUUCGUUCGACGGUGUUCCUGUAGCCUAAGCUGUGGGACGGGCUUUCUUCCCAUCUGCCGCCCCGGAUGUUCAGGCCUGAACUAGCGAUGCCAUGCUUCGUGGUGGACCGCGCGAUUGGCCGGCGUUUGAAGCCGUGCUCGUGCCCAGGGAGGGAGACACCGGACGAUCCGCUGCGCUCCCUGACAAGCUUGCUUCCGGCGGCGCGAUUCCUUUGGCAAGGGUCGACGCCUGCGCGAAGCACCGGUGCACUGUUCCUUGACAUCUACAGCUAUCGAGACAGUGGUUGAACCAGCGCCGGAAGCGGAUCUUGAGGACAUCGGAUGCGUGCGUGUGUUGUUGUGCGAAUGGAACGCGUGUGUGAUCGCAAACUUUAUAGAGAGCAACUGGCAGUAUGAGUGCUCCGUUCCGGUCGCCCCGACCCCUGCUAGUCUCCAGGCUAUCGGUAACUCUCCGAGGCAGCCGCGGGUUCACGUUCUCGACACCUCGUUCCUCCAUCCUUCCACGAACAAGAGACAAGCGAGGCUCACUUCGUUUCCGCCUACGACUUGCAGCAGCUUCACGGGAUCAAAAGUGUAAUCUUAAGAGUGGGCAUGACUGAUUGACUGAGGGCGUGUUUUGCCUAAACGAACGUUGUUGGAACUCGCUCUCCCCUUUUUUUUUUUGUUCUUUAUCGGUUUCCUCUUUCCGUGUACAUCGCUAUCUUUCCUCUCCGCUGACACAUCUAACACAGAAAGAGCUGUUUUUACGCUGUGCCAUAGUGUUGUAUACAUGCUGUUCGCAAGCGUUCUUUAAAGUGUACCCUUCGGCGCUUGUAUGAGCAUAAUAAUGUGCUUGUGCGCGCUUGUGUGUGCGCGAGUGACUGUUCGCUGUUUACCGCGCUUUAGUCGUCUCGGCUGCUUUAUUCGACGACCGCUCGUUUGUGCCUCGACUGGAGGCUUGUGCGAGACGUUCGUCGGUGUUGUUUCGUUCCUGAAAUAUUCUCAAUUCAAGAAGCCACUAUAGCGCCUACGGAGUCGCGUAGGAAAGUCCUAAUCAUCCGUGAGUGCUGAGCUACUCGCAUUAUUUUUCCGCCUCCUCUUCUUUCUUCAUUGUCGUCUUCGUUGCUGGUUCCGUGUGUUCAAAUUCUCGAGACGCAGGUUACAACUGCGACAUUGUACCUGGUUUUUUUAAAAUAAUUUUUUUCUUAAAGCACGGUUGGGAUGAUGCACGAUGAAGUCACAAUUGCGUGGCCGACUUUUACUUCUUUUCAGAAUGGGCAGGUUGCAUGCGCGUUCCGAGAAAGGUGUGAACGUUGAGCUCUUUUCUUUUCAACAAGCAACAUUGUAGUGAACCUCCUAGAAGUUUCAGUGCAAGGCGUUUGCCGAGUGCAGCUGUCAGUAUAGACAACAAAACUCGUUAGUCGCACGUUUCUGGUCUCCCGCUCUACUUACUGCAUUGUAAUUCUUCGUAACAUUUUAAAUCAUUACUUGUCCAGGUCCUCAAACGUGCUUCAUUAAGUUUUUUUUUUACUUUGCCUGCUGCAAGAAGGUGCUACGAUAUUUUGUGUUUUUACUUUUUGCCAGCCGAAUGCAUUUCAACAACGUAAUCUGACGAUUGUCACGCUUUCCACAUCAAACGAACACUGUUCAGCACCGCUACCACUUAUUCUGCUGGGCACUAGUCAACUGAUGCACGGCUAGUCGUUUUCAUCGGGAUUGACGUGCAAUUUUCUCGAAAGCCAAAGAACCCAGGAGAUCAAGUCGUUUUCCUUACUUUCCGCAUGCGCCACUUCCCUGUUCUAGAACGACGUAGCAAACCGCUACUGCUCUGCAUAACCUUACUGCCAUUGUUCCUGCCUGUUGAGCGCUCUGUAUAGCUGUAGCUGUACCGUUCCGCACAUGCGCAUUUGGUAUCUGGUAAUGGCGGCAUCUGUAUAGAGCGGUAACGGUUUGUUAUAACGUUCUUGACGCUCGCAUACAGAGUCGCGAAGAGCUUACUCCAUUUUUUUUUGUUUUGCCCCUUGUCCUCCGAAGAGCUACAGUCGCAAGCAGCACGAAAGAAAAAAAGAGAGGCAAACUGGCAUUUAGUGGUAUGCAAUCAACUCGUGUACAUAGAAGAUUCCAUUAUGCGUCAUUCAUUUCUCGCGUAUUUGGCAUUUCGUUUCGAAGCAUUCGUUUCAUGUGCAGCAACAUCGCGCCGUCGCAGUUGUCGCAGUUGAACAUACUCUAGAGGAACAUGUACAGAAGUGGGGCGAAGUCGAUACGAUGCGACGAGAGAGAGAGAGAGAUGCGCAAGACCGCGUCAGAAAUGCAAUCUCACUGCUUAUCCUUCGCAGGCUUAUUUGAAGAUAUAAAUAUAUAAAUAUUAUAUGAAUAUAUAUAUUAUAUAUAAAUACAAACAACACGAGGCAUGUGCCAGUUUGAGGGAGCAGAACCUAUUACGCUCCCUUCCUUUUAUUUUUUUUUCUCAUUUGCAUUUAGGCAAGCGUUGUGCAGUGUCUCGCGGCAUAAAGGCACGUUCUCUCUCGUCUGCUUCUCAAACGUUUGUUCGCAGAAGCCAAGCUUUAUUCAGUAUUAUUGAGCAAACGGUGCCACAAUUCGGUUUCUUAACAUCAGUUAGUGGUCAUUGAGAGUCCUCGUCAAUACCGCAGCGUGGGCGUCAGAUAAUGACGUCAGUUGCCCAUCGUUCACGGUCCUGGAAACCUGACGCUCUUUCCUGUACAGUUGUUGCCGUCCUCCGUCGGCUCGCGCACUUCCACAAACGAGCAGCGCGUCUCGUGCGAACAACCGUUGGAGAGUACAGAUGAGAUCGAACGACGCACGUACAGUCUCUGUCAAAUGUUUGCGGGCCGUGGAACGCGCGACCGGAGCUCUUUAUACGGGGACGUGGGGAUGGGGUUCCGCGGCACUCUUUGGAACACCGAAAGCUAUUGAAUUAGAUUGGCUUGAGUUCGUUCGUCCUUAAUGCAAUAUUGAAAUUUGCAAGGAGAAUCGUUGAUCCUAGUCUAGUCGCGGCUGAAUUUUUUUUACUUAUUUCAAUUUAUUUGGUAUGUCCCCAAUUGGCGACUGUAUUCUCGAAAUUUGUACUCGCUUUCGAACUUGUUGGGGCGCCGAUAACGCAAUAGGCGUAUACAGGUACACGUCGUAUGGUAUCGGUCGCGGUCACGAGUGAAAGGUUGCUCUGACGACACGGGCUGUGCCUCUCUGCCCGAGCACAUCGCAACGCGCAUUUUGUAAAUGACAUUGUACGAGUUUCCCGUACUUUUUUUAUUAUUAAUUUUCUUUUUCCUCAAGUCUCAUACAGCGAGUGCAUACCAAAGAAGGCUUGGUCUUUCGACAUGGCGUCGAUGACUGCGGCUGCCCCCUGUAUAUAGACACACGCGCGAACGACACGCCGCAAUGCAGGUUGUCGUUGCGCCGAGCUUUGUUUUCACCAGUAUUGUUUUAUAUGUCAGUUAACACUUAGUCGUUUUCGUUUCUUUUCGUUCCGUGUAUAGCGUACAUUGCGAGGGCGUAUGCUGUAUUGUUCUCGCGUUCUCAUUCUGGACGCACGCGUCGCCUAUUUCAUCUGCCAGCGCUUUCACGAACCUUUCGGGACUGUCGCACAUCGGAGGCGACUCUUCUGAACCGUUGCGCCGAAAGGUAUCGGUUCGGGGGUGCCAGCCUCAUAUUCCUUAACUCGAUUUCGUUCAUUGACUUCACUUUUGUGUCGUGGCUUGAUUCCGCGCUGCACUUCCUCCUACUCGCGUUAACUAUGAACCACGGGAUAAAUAGGAAUAAAGAAAACGAAAGUGGCGUGGUCAGUGUUGGUAUAUGCGGUAUAUGUCUGGAGAAGGCUUUCGAAUCACAGGUAGCCGUCGCAGGGGUGGUCGCGCUCUGGCACAUCUUUUUUUUAAUCGCGUGUUUUACGGGCUUCAUUAGUCAUAUUUAAUCUCUUGCAUCCUAACAGCUGGCUGUGCAUUUUCUUUGCGCUCUGUCUACAUCAUUUUGUUCGUUCCUUUACGUUACGCCCCAUCCUAUGUGGAGGUGGGAAUCUUUUGUGCAAUAUAUAUGCCAUUUAAGGUAUCGAGGUAUACACACCAUCGGCCGCAGCACUCCCUCGGCCUCGACAUCUUAGUCAAUAAAGGACAGGGUGAAUUGCGAUACUCAUCGAAACGCAGCAUUUCGCGGCUUCCUUAUGAGGUCGCUCCCUUGACAUGACCCCCGCCUCGCUUUGUCGAGCGUGUUUCUAGUCCGCUUUUUUUGGAACCGCUGUUUUCCGCGGGAAUGCAAUUAUUCCAACGAAAUCAAUGCUACCGGAUAUUCUUUAAUGGAACAACCACGGUCGCGCCGACCGAUUAGGUUUCUCCAAAGCCAGAGCUAUAUAAACGUGCCUGCCUGGCUGUCAUUGACUCAUGAAUAAAAAAAUCGUGCCGUCUAUUGAGUCUAAAUUUCUCCUGUAUUUAGAAUGGUCCGGCGAAGUGGCAAUUGAAUGCAGCAAGUGUGCCCUUCUUUCGCAAACAGCUGAUUUAACUAAUCAUUAGAAAAAUGUGCAUUCGUAGAAGCUUGUUUCUUAGGGAAAUUUGCAGGCUGGAAAUAUCAUCCUCAUAUUACGCGAGUUAUUAUUCCUAUUGGUACCUCUCUGUCGAUCUUACUGUCUUUAUGAGUAGCGCUGAAAUUUGUUUUUCUGUUCCUGCAUUAAUCAGAUUAUUGUAGCAUUGGGCGUACAGAAUUGUAGCCUGAUUGAUGAGUGUACCUAGUCACUCUGUAAUAUAGCUGAUUAUCGUAUCUUACUUUCUGUUUCUCUGCAUUUUUUUUUUUGUCAAUCACGCGUCCGUCAGCCAGGUCAAGGUAAAAAGUCUGUUGACAGAGUAGCACACAACGAAAUUUUCAGGGAAAAUUGUCGCGAUGGUGAUGCUCUAUGAUGAUCUGUAGCGUCAUCCCGUUCGUUUCAGUUUAGUAUACACCUCAAGAGCUCCUGAACAUGUUGCUUUAGUUUUUUUUUUUAACGUAAUGAUGUGCCGAGGUAUUUUCAAGUGUUGACGGAUGAGUAGCACGUGAAAACCUGCAGUGUGUGUGUGUGUGUAUUUCUUUUUUUUUUCUCCCUAUCUCGUUCUUCUCGCUUGUUUGCUCGCUUGUCUGUGUUUAUGUAACUGACGCAUGUGCAUAGGGAGAAUGUCUGCGAAUUCUGGCUCAUCUCCCAGAGCAGAUAUUCGAAGUGCAGUAUUACGUGAACCUGAGUACGUCGGUGCCUGCCGACGAAACGUGCCAAAUAGUAGUGGUUCGGUGCCAAAGAGAAAAUACACUGUGAUGUUUUCUUUUACUUCGUUUCCAAAACUUUAUACAGAUUUCAAAUGUUUGUGCAAGCAGCCAAACUUUGCAUUCAGACAGUCAGCGAACGUUUAGUCUCGUAUGGGGUAUAAUCUAACUAUGAUAACGGUGAGAAAUGUGCCAAAGAAAAGAACUUCAGCAAAACAGUUUACUUUUGUGUUUGUGUAUGUGCGCUGGAGGUAAAUAUGACAAAAAAAAAGCUCUUGCUCUUGAUUUUGCUGCUAAUUACUGCUUACCAAGAAGUGCGACGUUUUAGUGCAAGCCUCUGUUUAGGUGCAGUUCACUGAAGUGAACGUCUGAUGCUCCUCAAAACGAAUAAGUGUGCUAUUUACUGGUUAACUGACUGUUUGGCGCCCUGCUGCUUUGCGGUCACGAAAUUCGCAAACCAGACGUGAGCAGCUUAACCAGUGGACAAAUCUAACUGAUUCUGACAAUCCGCGGCGUCCAUGUGACGCGGGCGUGUUGUCGCAGCGUAAACUUGCUGAAAGAAGUAACUACUUUCAACACACGUCCACACUAAAGUUCCCGUGUUUUAUUGAACCUGAAGGCAGCUUUUCACCACAGCGAUUUGUGUCCAACGUCCCAAAUGUUUUUCGUGAGAGGUUCGGGCUCUAGCGCCGACUCUUCCUGGCGGCGUUUCUUAGAGAUUUUACAUGCCUGUCGCUUUUUUCUUUUUUUGAUGCGCCUGCAGUUGCCUGCACUGAUUACUGGCUUCAUGCGAUCGCCGUGCGCCACUUGCGGUGGUUACCUGUGGUAUUGAGUCUUGUUCAGGUGUGUUCAAAACGAGUGGAAACAUUCGUGUUACUUCCGUGUACUGCAAUGCCAGUUGAUGGAGUUGUAAUUAUUAGUUAAUUACGAUGCGGAUGUGGUUUUUGCUGGUUUCUAUAUGUUUCGCCGGUGACACUAACGUUCUGAUUGGCUCUUGCUCAUUCCUUCGCUCAAAACAUGUCAUGACACUGAAAAAGCGCAAGAUGUUGACGUGCUACCGCUUUCGUAAAUUGUGUCACCAAUUGUGGGCUGUUAGGAAUUCUCGAACGAGCAUUGUUUUGUGCUGAUGUUCACACCGUGAUUACCAUUGGAAACAAUAUACCGUAUAUGAGUUGAGAAACUAAGUUAUCUGAAUGCGUGCGAGAGAACGAGGACUCUGUGGCCGAGAACAAGCAUAUACUUCUUCAACCUUGAUUCUUCCAAGUCCCUGAGCUUCGCUGAUGACGUCAUUAUUGCAGUAACUUCUGCUUUUAUUUUCGUUCCAGGGUCGACAAAAUUUGUUGUCGUCAUUUACGCUUUAAACCACGGAAACUGUAAAAGAAAAGCACGCACACGACGCAAAGUGCAUUGCCCGAUGUUUUAUUACUGAAUUUUGCAUCACCCCCCGUGCAUAAAAUAAUGUGCACAGGUUUUAGUUUUUGUUGUUUCAUUAUUUUGUGUCGUAUGUGUAAGAUUUAUAUUUUGUAUAAAGCUUUUUGUUACCAACUGA